ACUUGCUAGCUUUUGACUCAGCGAGCCCUGAGAACAAUUUGCUUUAGUAGUGAUGGAAAAUGACCAAAUCUCUAAGAAAACUUUCCAGUGGGUUUACACACAGCAGCCUCACGUUGCUAGGAGAAAGAUUAUAUUAGAAAAGUAUCCGGAAAUCAAAAAGCUUAUGGGACCUGAUUCACACUUGAAAUACAUUGUUUCUCUUCUGGUACUAUUUCAAAUUGUCUCCUGUUUCUGCAUUUCCUCUCUUUCAUGGCCAUUGGUAGUAUUCCUGUCUUAUGUUCUUGGUGGUGUUAUUAAUCAUUCGUUGACACUAGCUAUCCAUGAUAUAUCACAUAAUGUUGUGUUUGGAAAUUAUUAUCCCCUUUCUAACCGACUCUUUGGCAUUUGGGCCAAUUUGCCUAUUGGAGUGCCAAUGUCUAUUUCUUUCAAGAAAUAUCAUGUUGAACAUCACAGAUAUUUAGCUGUGGAUUACUAUGAUACAGACCUUCCAACUAAAUUUGAGGGCUUGUUCUUUAGUAAUAUUCCACUCAAAAUACUCUGGCUUUUCUUGCAGCCCCUUUUUUAUGCAUUUCGGCCAUUUGUUGUGCGUCCCAAACCACCAACGAAACUUGAGAUUCUCAAUGCAGUGAUUCAGAUACUGUUUGAUGUAUUCAUAUAUUAUUUUUGUGGCAUCAAAGGACUCAUGUACUUAAUAUGUGGCACAUUUUUAUGCAUGGGGCUGCAUCCAAUGGCUGCCCACUUCAUUGCAGAGCAUUACAUGUUUGACAGAGGUUACGAAACGUAUUCUUACUAUGGUGUUUGGAAUUAUCUCACAUUUAAUGUUGGAUACCACAUGGAGCAUCAUGACUUUCCUUACAUUCCUGGCUCUAGGCUUCCUGAAGUGAAAAGAAUUGCAGCUGAGUUUUAUGAUCCACUUCCACAACACCACUCAUGGUUACAAGUAAUUUGGGAAUUUUUAACACAUGAAGAUAAAGGACCACAGUUUCGAGUAAAGAGAGACUAUGAUGAGACUUUUGGUGUAGAAAAGGAAAAAAAUCCAUUUCUUAAAAUUCCUACACCACAAAUUUGGCCUUUACGAAAUGACCUUACUAUGGGAAUGGGACUAAGAGACAAAGGUAAAGAAAUUGACUGGUUUCUGAAUGACUUUUCAUCGAAGUAAAAC